AUGGAUAGAACUAACAAGAGUGUUUACUCACAAUCAUGCUUUUAUGACGAACAAGAUGGAGUUCGGGACAACUCUCUCUGCGCAGUUCUUUGUUCGCGCUAUUUUCUCAGCCUUCAAUCAAGGAAGACUGACAAAAAAACAACCUCAGCAGCCUCUCAGGAGCCCCAUGACCAAGAAAAAUAUUUACAAAAGCCGAUCGUCUGCCUACACUGCAGCAGCUGGUGCCACGACGCUGGCUGUUCCCUGCAGGCUCUAGACUGCGGGUGCUCUGCGGAGCCGCCGAAGACGGUUCUCCCCCACAGGGCUGAAGGGAGAGGCCCGGCAGCACGGCCCAGGCCCCGGCCAGGAGCGCAGGCCGCACCCAGCUCCAGGCCGAUACCACCCUGCGCUCCCCCGGACUGCAGGGCAGUGCCGACCGCUCUGCCUGACCGCGCAGGGCAGGGGCUCCUCCGCGGGAGGGAGGAACGGGGGGACAGAGGCCGUCACACGGCUCCGCUGCCGGAGAAGGCGCGGAGGCGAGCGGCCGGCCGAGGUGCUUCAGAGAGACAGCCGGAAGACCACGCGCCAGCCCCGAGACAAAAUGGUUCCCCCCAGCUCUGGCGCGGAGCCCCCGGCCCCGGCCCCGGCCCCGGCCCCGUACACAGGCGCGAGCUGGGCCGUACAGGGAUAUCUUCCCCUCCUCGACGCCGUAAGCGGCCCGUACUCACUCUGACGGCACAACCCUCACGACGCAGACAUUCAGGAGGUUCCCUAGCUUCCAGCCUGCCAGGAGGCGUGGAGUUGCACCUGGUUGACUUGCUAAACAAUACAGCUGCACCAUGGGAUCUCAUCACCGUGUACCAGUACUUAAGGGGUAGUUACAAAGAAGAUGAAGACUCUCUUUUUACAAGGAGUCCCAUGGAGAGGACAAGGGGGAACGGACACAAGUUGCUCUUGGGGAGAUUCCGAUUGGACACCAGAGGGAAAUUUUUCACAGUGAGGACAGUCACCAUUGGAAUAAUCUCCCCAGGGAAGGGGUUGACUCGGCCACGUUGGGCACCUUCAAGAGUCGGCUGGAAGGGGUGCUGGGCCAUCUUGUGUAGACUGUGCUCUUCCUAGAGAGGUUGGACUAGAUGAUCCCUGAGGUCCCUGCCAACCUGGCAUUCUGUGAUUCUGUAUCUUGUGAUUCUGUGACAAAUUAGAUACCAGUUAUGUGAGAUAAAACACAGCGGUGCACACCCAUUUUAGACAGGCUUUCUUCCUGUUACUUUACCUUAUAAAUCUAUACUUCCUUUUCAGUAUCCAGAAAAAAAUCAUUGUUCAGUGUUCCUGAUAAUUUAUAUUUUUAAGCAUAAAAAUAUUUACUUCAUUCUGUUACCAAUUUAUUUUAAUCAAGAAGGUUUUAUGUGCCUUCUGAAUUACAGCUGUUCUUGCUUUAGAAUAGUGUAAAGCAUAAGGCAAUUAAACCAUGUUAAUAGAUUAAAUGUGUCAGGUAAUAAUACUUUUGGUAGACAGACCAAGUGUACCCAUAUCUUCUUUUAAAAUUUUAGUUUUAGAGUACAGAUAUAGUUUGCAAGCUAAAAGAAUGCAUCUUAAAAAUUACAGAAAGAUUUUAGAAUUGUUAGAAAUGAUUUGGUUUUGUUUUCUAAAGGUGGUUAGUUCUUUUUUAAUUGUAGUUAUUAUUUCUGGUAUUCUAAUAUUAGAGAAAGUGUAAAUGUUUUAAAAUCUUUAUUUAAAGUCUACUUCCUUCAACAGUGUACUCCAAGUCAGGAAGAACUCUAAAGCUCUAUGACGCACAGAAUUCAACUUCUGGUAAUGGUUUAUUCACUAAGGACCUCUUACAGCUGAUUUGAACUAAAAACAGUGAUCAAAAUGCAUCUCCUGGUUUGUCUUCGCAGAAUACCUGUGUUCUCUUUCAUUCAUUUCUGUGGAAUAACUAGUCGUCUUCUGCCUUCUGCUAAGGCAAAUAUUAAAUGGAGAUACAUAAACCUAACAAAAAAAAUUCAGAACUAACAUAUUCUUCAGCAGACAACAGGAACCACAACUACCUUUCCCCUUUCCAAUAGAUUUUAUUAUAUGCUUAAAAAAAGGGAAAACCUAUGUAUUUGUAUAUCUUGUAUACAAAUAUGCUAAUAAAUAGGAAGAAUUCUUCACUUGAAAUCACA